AAUAGAAACGAGUUUUCUCAGUUUGUGUCACAGCAAAGGUUUCCCACGGUGAAACAUUCCUAGCAUCAAUCCCCUCUACUCAGUGAAGUUCAAACUCAGGUGGCUCAGCAAAAGCUAAAAGCUUCACACGACUGUCUUGUAGCUGGUUGUCCGUCUCCUGACAGGAUUCAUUCUUCGUAUACACAGAUAUUCCGAAAAUGAGCUGUGAAAUUAAGAACGAAAAGUGUCCGUUUGAAAUAGAAUGCUCAUUUCCCACGGCUACUAAUGAUACACGACAUUUUCAUAUUUAUUUUCUUUCUUCCCAGGGAAGUCAAGAACAAGUGGUCAGCUGCGCAUACAACGGACAUGGUAAAUGCUUUCCUGAAGAUGGCUUCAACAUUACACAUGAAGCUUAUAACAGUGUCACCAUCACAGUUCCUGACACAUUUGCAACAAGGAAAGGUUCUUUUGUUUGUCAAAUGAGAGACAUUCCUAUGGUGAAAAACUGUUCAUACCCUCCUCCAGAAAUUUGCGAUAUAAUUACUAGUACCCAAUCUGGAAUCGAUCUUGGGACGACUACAAAAGAUGACAAUACUUCAAUAGUUAUUGGUGUGGCUUUUGGAGUGGUUGUGGUGAUCUUAAUCCUGAUCCUCGGCAUUGUUUUAUUUAUGAGACAAAGGAAAAACAAACAUAAAAGAUCCACCGAUGAAAGUUCUGAAAACGAUGGGGUGAAUGGCAUUGCAUUCAAGUGGUCAAGAAGAUACAACGAUGGUCCAUCAGUCAGCAUUAGAGAGGAAUGCAAUAACCUCUUGCUUGAGAGAGAGAGCACAGGAACCCAUGACGACCAAAUACAGAUUGACCUUCCAUCAGCUACCGUCGAAAUAAGACCAGAAAGCCUGAUCAAUGGGUCUCAACAGGUAUCGACCGUUGGUGAAGAAACGGCAACUGGCGACCAGGAGAAUACAUAUCCUCACAAGAUCAGUGGUGCUAAUCGUGCAUUACCAAUAAAUCAACUUUAAAUACAGUCGCUGUGCAUUAACAUCAUAACCUCAUCACCUGACAGUAAACAUCUUGUCAGUCAUUCUACGCCACUAACAUCUGAGACAGGGACGGAGAAGCAUUGAUUCUGAGGGGAAAAA